AGAAGCCUGCAGGAAGUUAAGGAAAGAGAGACGGGGACAGAACCAAUCCACUGUGUUAAGUGCUAGUUAUAUAUUGAAAAUGUCCUAAAUUGCAACCAAUGUAUGCACAUACUUAUAACGUGCCUAAAUGCUAAUAUAUCCCUAUUGAUCACCAUUGUUAAGAGAAGAAGAGACAGCUAUUCAGCUAUUUCCACUGACAGUGAUGUUAGCAGCAGGAAGGAAGUCACUGUCAGAUCUGCAUUAUGCAAAUGAGUGUGGUGGCAGGCUCUGUGCUUUGCAUGCUGUCCAGUUCUUGGAUAUGGGAGCAGGCAUGAGCGGGUGUGAGGACACUACUCACUUCUCUCCUCUGGGUAAUUACUAUACAGGAAAUUGAACGUAAAAUGUUUGAAUAAUCAUGUAUCUGAAGUGAGUUAUGGAUGGAGCCGACAGUACUGAAGUAAAUUAAAACAAGUGAAUCCAAUUACUGUUUAUGGAAAGCAGCUGUCCGAGCAGCAUAUGCUGGUGAGUGAAACUAUGAGACUAAUGUUGAGGUUAGUGCUCUGCUUGUCUGUAUAACAUGAUGGCUAUUUGAGUGUUUCAUUUGUGCAUGAUGACAAGCUAAAAGAUGUUUGAAAAACCUGUGUUGCAUAGAACUUGCAAAAUUACAGGCCGAUGUCUGAAGAGGUGAGGCCAGUUGUCUUUUUUUAAAAUCUUGCUUAACUCAUGCUCCAUGAGUGUAUUCUGAUGUCAUAACACCAUGAUAACUUGCCUCAAUGGAUUUACAAAAAACAAGGUUAGCGUUUGCUUUCAGUCAUGAACAAACCCUCUUAUCCGUGUGUUUAUUUACCUACACUGCAUCAAUUCAUCUGUGAUACAGCCAACAGUCAUGUACUGGAUAAGCUUUCGUUUCAAAACAUUUGGAUUUAAUUAUCAUGGGGAUAUGAUAUCCAAACAAUCUGGUUUCUUCCAUUAAUAACAUGAUUGCAGCAUGGCAGGGCGAGCUAAGGCUGCAGCAUUUUCAUAUAUUUUCAUGGAUUUAGGCCUUGUUUACUUACUUAUUAUGGGCAUGGGGCAAAACACGAUUUAGAGUAAUGACACAGUUUACGUUUUGGAGUUUUAAAAGAUCUCUGCGAGGAAGUGUCCUGCUUCCACAGCUUGAAAAACAAACAUUACCCGUGUGACUUUUCCAGAAUAAAAGAAUUCUCACUUGCUUCGGUCUUUUGCAGGUCAGUGCAGUUGACAUGAGGAAGAGGAAGCUGGCCAAAGCUUUUGUGUGACUGAUAGCAAACGCGCUGUACAUUAAGGAAACAUAGAACCACAGAAGUGUGUUGUUUUACAGAUAAAACACCAUGGAGUAUGAAACGCUAUUAUAUGAUUAAGGCCUUGUGCAAAAACUGAUGUACUCAACAAACUUAAAAAGUGUUUUUCUCCUCCUCUGAAUGACAGUUUUGUCUGGAGCUUUUUGAGCUUUAGGGAAAAUGAAAACUUUAAUUAUUGUUUUAAUCAAAACCAACAUUUCAGUCUCAUAUAAUAGUCAAUUUUCUUACUCUAAGCAUUGUUUUUAUUUUGUUAACACAGCUCACUCCCAAACUUUGAGAGAACUGCUCAUGGUCAUUCAUGCUAAAUAGGAGACAUGUUUUGUUCUGAGCAGCAGCUUAAGAAACAGUACUCACUGAAUAAUGCCCACAGCCUGGGUUUCAUUUAGGCAACAAGUAAAACACUAAUGGUGUUUGAUGUCAACAAAUGCAGAUAUCCCUAAUAUGAUCAUCUCAAGCACAUAACUCUGCUCAUGAGGGGCAGCCAAUCAGAAGAAAUCUAGAUUAAAAUGAUUGGGAAUUAAAUUAAAUUCAGUUUUAUUUAUACCGCACCAAAUAACAACAACACUUGCCUCAAGGCACUUUAUAUUGUAAGGUAAAGACUCUACUAUAAUACAGUGAGGGAGCUAAAGGAAGUUAAAACCUGGUUCAAACAAGAGGAAACCCCCCGAACUUAAAAAUUAAGCCAAGUUGCAAAAUCUGGAGUCCCUCCAACAGCCAACAAAUGUUACAAAACAUUUUACAGCCUAGUGCAAAAAUGGUUUUGGCCUCUUUUGAUAGUUUCCCCCUGUGAACUUUGGGGAAUUUUUAAAAACUCAUCCAUUAGGAUAACUGAGUUAACUGUUGAUUGACAGAUGUCCUGAUGAUUCUGUAGCAUUUACUUGGCCUCAUUCCCUACUUUGAAUAGUUGGAAUGAUUCACUUAAUUGUGUGUCUGCUUUGGGUGUUUUUUGUAUUGGAUUGUCUGACUGCUUUGUUGUGGUACAUACCUACAACUUUGUAGUAAUUGCAGCAUCUAUGAAAAUAGCAAUAGACCAUGCGUUGCCAUGGAAUAAGAGCAUUUUGCCACAACUUCCAUUUCAAAUGUAAAAAUAUGUCUCUUAGGGAGUUGCAAGAAAUCACCACAAUCUGGUUGAUUUGAGAACAUCUGCCUAAUGUUAAACUGAGACUUACUUAUGAAAAACACACAAGCGCUCUUAUUUCUUUCAAACAAAAAACCUUUCUAGAGAGAUCUAGGGUUUUAUUCCAACUUGUAUGUCGUCAUUAUGAUUUAAGAAAUUUGCGAGUAUCAAAGUUUGCUUCUACUUAAACAGGAGAUGUGCCUAUAAAGACAGGUUGGUGUUGUCUUGCCUUUGAUUGCAAUAAGAACCUUCAUGACUGACUCCUGAAAGGAGUUUGUCCUUCUGAUUAAGUGCCUUUGAAUUCCUUUUACCUGAAGUAAUAAUAUUGUUGUGCUUCAUGUUUCUCUCCUCAAAUACAAGGGAGUGGGAGACACUUCUAUCAUCUUCAUUAGCAGUUUUUAUAGCAUUGAAACUUGCUGUGUUAGUUUCUUCUUACGUUUCUCUUGUGAAAAAACAUAAAACACAAAAACAUGAAGCAAUCAUGGUGUUGAAUUUCGUGGGAGAUCCUCCAAGUGGCAGGAGACAAAUCAUUUAAAUGGACUUGGGGAUAUGUUCAGUUGUUAAGGCUUCAGAAGAAUGCUGUGCUCGUGUUUCAAAGAGCUCAUAUAAUCACUAUCUUUGUGGCCUGUUGGUCACCUUAACCUGCUAAGUAAUUAUUUAUUUACUUGCUCAUAUAUCGCUGUUAAUUAUUCUAAUAGGUCUCUUUAGAGCUUUUUUUGCCACAAGCCCUACAGCGUUUCCUGUAAUGUCCCUCUGAUACUGAUCUCCUUGGUUUCCCUCAAGAAACACUCAUAUUCACUUAACACUCACGUGCAAUGACGUUUCCUUUCUUCUUCUCCUAAGGCCUGUGCAAUAGGUCAUGCAAUAUACUGAAGUAUAGAUAAGCAUAACCUAACCAGCUUGGCAUGCAAACAACAUGGUAAUGUUAUAUGACUAAUUGGUGCAGUUAGUCAGACUGCCUUAUUGUAAUGUCUAGGCCAGGAUGCUAUACAGAUAGGUAAAAAAUUUAAAUUGAGGGAAUUGGUUCUGUUUUAGUGUGUUGGAUAUUUUAUUGGAAUAGUUUGGUUGCUGCAAAUCAAUACAAAGAUGGUCUGAGAGAUUCUCUCUAUCCCAUGAUUAAACAUUUUUAUCCUUACACAGCUCCAUAAGGCAGAUGUUGUAUAAAAAAUAUGUAAACCAUAUCCUGUGGGAUUCACAUUCACUAGAUUUCAACACAGAAAAAACGUCUUUGGGAGGUUUUGAACUAGCAUGUUGCAUCAGCAUCUACUGCCAUCAUUAACACAUACAAUUUGGGGAUUUAGGGGACAUUUGUAAAUUUUACCUACAAAAAAUAAAAUGUUCAACUCUUUCUGAAUCAACACUGUUCGGGUAAUUCUUUAUACCUCUAGGAAUAAGAACAAUCUGUAUUGUAUUUGCCCACAUUUAGGUAAUCCAUCUCUGGCGAAACAAUCUGACCAUCAUUAACAAAAGCAUCUAAAUCUUUGAAACUCAUCAGUUGUAUCCACUAUAAUAAAUCUUACCAACAAAUAGGUGAAAAAGGAUGGGCUUACAUACCAGACUCAAUGCUUUUUUCAUGACACCAUAGGUUAAACCAGUGCUUUUCAGGUUUUCAGGCCUGCAGACCUUGAUAAAAAACAAAGUUUAAACUAUUGUGCCACCAAGCAACCCGCUACUGCACAUUUUGAAGUAAAUUAUUAUAAGAGGAGCUGAUAAAAAAAAUUCUAUUCAGGAUGAUUUUCAGUUUACAUCCAUAAUAACAUGAGCAAACUGUUGUGCCCAUUCAUUUUCAUUUUACCGAAUAUUUUUCCACUGUGAUAUUUACCAGGGAUGCUAAAAUUACCCUGCCUAUAUUAACUAAUUAGAACAAAGGUUUCAGCAUACAGUAAUAUCUUUAGGUUUGCAAGCAUUUCUGGAGCAGCUGAACCAACAUGAUCCCUAAAGCCUGACCACUAAUAUGGAAUAAAUUAAACAGAGCAUGUUUUUUCCACGUUAGCAGUGAAAUAAUGCUUCUGACAGUCAAACACAAAUUUUGUGCUUCAUGCACCACAGAUUCAUUGAGUAUGAACAACAUUUAGUUAGUGAAACUGUGGUUAAGUCGGGCUUUGAGUUUCACGCCCUCUAUUUCACCUCCCUUGACAGUUAACACAGCUGAAUGCCACACAUACUAGCCGCACGUUACCGGUUUGCACAUGUAUUAGUACUUCUCAUCACAUGUGUCCAAUUAGACUUCCAGUAAACUGACUUGGCGCACACAUCCUACAUUAUUUGGGUUGCUGAAAUGCUGCCUAUGGGUUUCCUAUGAUGUCUAAUUACAUUGUAAGACACGAGUAAUUGCAAUAAUAAGUAAUGUGUUUAGAUUAUGCAGAAGUCAGUCCAGAUGUAAAACAUCUGUUUUGAUCCUGCAGUUGCACUUUUUUUUCUUACUUUACAUGCUAUAAUACAAGCUUCUGUCAAGUUCGUUCAGAUCUCUUAUGUAAAUUCUGGGCUGUAUGAGUGUAUGCAUGUGCUAAGAGCCACAUCGCUCAUCUACCUUCCAUACAUAUUGUAAAUUCAAAGUGAAAUCAAUUGCAUUGUGUAUGUAAAGCAGUGAGUGCUUUUGGCACGUUGGCAGAAAGGAGUCACACAGUAGCAUUAUUGUACUAAUAGCAUUGAGGCUGUUAAGAGAGAUGAAGCCUUUAGAUUUCUUUCUGAGUUAGCAUACUGUCAUCAAAUUUUUUUCCUUUACAUGCCUCACAGAUAGAGGAUAUAUUCAACAGAAUGCCCAGUUGAAUAAAACAUCAGGGGGAAAUGGGAUGAUUCUCAUGAUCAACAGUGGGACGACUAAUAAGAGGUGCAUAAGAGGUGUACGUUCUAGCAUUACAUUUAGGAAUUCAACAGCAGGAAAGAUAAAGAGAGAGAGGCUAUUAAACUAGAGAUAAUCUGGUAGCAUCUGUUUCUUCAGCUAAUUGACUUGGUUUUGCAAUUAAAAGUCUUUAUAUUAAAACUUUUCUGAAGAUGAGCUGCGGUCUUCUACUGCCUAAUACUGGCAUCAACCUCUAAUAAAGUCCCAUGAAAAAAAUGGAAUUGGAAUGAAGGAUCAAAAGCCUCUGAGAAAAAGAUACAGACAAAUCUGGCUGGUUAAGCAACACCUUUGCGAACUUUAAUGAGUUUAUUCUGCUGCUGUGCACAAAAUGGUUUUAAGAUGUCAUCAUGAAUUCCUGGAGCGGAAUCUGUCUAAUACUUUGGUGGGUUUGUGACAUGGCUUAAAGGGAUUGAAUUCAUGAGAUGUGAUCCGUGAGGCUUUCUACUUCUUUAACCUUCCAUUGAGAGCUCAAUGUUCCUCGGCCUUCACAUUCAUACCUGUGGAAGGUAUUUGCUCUUGCGUUUGCUUUAACUUCAAAGGCUUAGCCGUGGAAUAAUGUUCCUGUAAAUAUGUGCAGUAGAUGACAGAAUCCUGUUCAGUUUAGGAAGCAAAUUGGUGGAGCCUGCAGAGUUUAUAUAAAAAGAUCAAUACAGUCAGCCCAAUUUACCCUCCAAUCACAUUAACAAAGAACAGAUGGUAUUUGUCUAAAGACUUCACAUGUUUGUGAAUAAAUCUUAACUUGUUUUUGCUAUCAAGAUCCAACCACUGAUCAUCACGAGUCGCAGCAUAUAAACCUGACAGUCUGAAACGCAGCCCGUACAGCUGGUGAGCUGGGAUGUGAAAAUGGUUUUCAUAACCUCAUGCUGAUACUAUUCCAGUUAUGUGGAAUAUUUCAAUUAUAAUUACAAUUUUUUUGUUUUUUUUAUCAUUCCAAAGUUAUGACAAUAAAUGUCUUCAUUAUCAGAAAGCAUAGUUGAGACUGUUUAUGUAUUCUGUAAUUAGUUCUCCACACAACAGUUUUUAUUUCUACUGGAGAACUUCGCCUUGGACACAUGCAACUAUUCUGCUUGUAAUUUAAUCUCACUGAGUAAAAUGCUUUGCACUACCGACUGCUUUCCUACAUCUAAUUUUUAGAAAAGAAAAAGCUGCGUCUUCACAAUAAGGCAGUCUUGUCAUAGACUCCUUUUUGUAUUAAUAGUUGGAUUCCUGUGUUUGUGGUGUUUUGAGUUUUUUGGUUGUUUUUUGUUUUGUUUUGUUUUUUUAGCUUUGUGUAACAGAUAUUUCCAGUUGGUUUCUGUAUGAUUAGUUUCUCAAUUUAGCCUUUAGGUUUCUUAGUUUUGGUUUAUCUACCUUUUGCAAUCCAGUGAGCCAAUUGAGUCUGUGGUUCCUGAGCUGCCUGAUCCAGUCCUACUUUAUUGCCCUCCUAUUCCAGAGGGACUCCAUCUCACCCACUAGCACUCAACCCUUUUUCCUUCCUGCCAGCCAAGCCUCCAGAAAGUCUCCUCCUCCACUGUCACCAGCCUCCUCCCCUGCCUUUUUGUCCAUCUGCCAAGGCUCUGUAGCAGUUCUAUCUCCUUUGCUGUCAACAGGCACCUGCCAAGCAUCUUGGGUCCUGUUUCCUUUGCCGUCACCAUCCACCUUCACCAGCAGUAUCUAGCCAGGCUUCUAGAGUGGUCCGUUGUUACUGGCAGAAACAAUUUGUGCGUGGUUGCAGUGACCAGCUGGUCAGUCAGAAGUUGAGUAUGCAAGACCGUUAACUGCUGGCCACUUUCACAAGCCCGUCACACAGGUUACCUGGUGGGAGGUAGCCUUUCUCCAAAAACGCAUAGACAGAUUGGCGAAGUGUUGCUGCUUAUUUAUAAAUGUAUAGAGAUUCCCAAACAGAUCCAAAGGUAAUCAGUCUGGAUUGAUUGGUGCUAAUGAGCACAACUCAUCUGUGACGCUUAGCAGUAGGUAACCUGAUUCGGUUGGUUGCCUGAUUAUGUUUCUAUAAAACAGCAAGUUUGCCAAGUGCCUAAAUAAUUAUGCCGUUCUACAGUUAGGCUCUACUAAGUGAAUUAUGUUCCAUUUAAUGUGCUUUAACAAAAUUUCUGCUGGAUUUUUUUUUUUCUCCUGUGUCGAAAUUCUAUAUUCCUAUUUUUUUUUUUGUUUCAAUAGCCUUAAUGCUAUUUAAGAAACUUAAGACUCUGGGUGAAGUAAAAUCAUGUCUCGCCAUUACUUUUGCUUGGCCUUCUAAACCAUCCUUUGAUGGAAACCACAGAGACUCAGGUUGAACUUCUGACUAUUUUUUGUUUAACAGUUGGUUUAAGUCAAACAUUUCUGUAGCAAUCGCACCUGAGAGGGAAAACCUAAAUGUUAUUGCACACUUGUAUUAAUAUCUAUGCAAAAAUAGUUUUACAGUCAUCUGAAAAUUUUCUGUUCUUCUUUUGAUUGUAUUUUUGCAGUAUCCAGAAAUGUGUUUCGUUAGACAGUGGACAAUGAAUCAUUUUACAACUCAUUGCAAAUCAUUGACUUUCAUGGAGACCAUCUCAGCAAACAACAAAACUCAGUUGCUUUCCUCAAAGUUGACUAUGCUGAGAAUGAUUUUAGUGACUUCGUGCUGGACGGUUGUUGAAUAAAGACAGGUUGCCUCCCACCAGAAAUACUACAAAUACUUAUACAGUUGUGUGAUGGGCAUGUAUUAAUCAUCAUUUGAUUCUAUGAUGUGUCUAAAAUCUGGUUUCCAAAUCAACCAGGAUGUAAAAAUAACAUGACCCAUAGAUUUAAAUUGCUUUCUAAAAAAAGAAGAGAAAAAAUACACACAGCGUCGCUGUUCAGCUGUCAAAUGUUUAGUGCCUUAAAUCUAACAAUAUUUCCUUCAAAUGUGUCUGUUAUCGCUUGCAGCAACUUUGAAUUAAACAGACAGUAAUGCUGCCUUAAUAGUUUCUAAAAGCAUAUUUGGCAUAAUGAUUAAACAGCAACGACUUUGCUUUUUUCUUAACAUAAGAGGAGAUCAAUGUGAUGAUAUAGGCUUUCUACUCUAAUGCACUUCUACUUGUACUUGUGUUUAAAAUUUGCCAUCAUUGGAAUGCACCUAACCAUCUGGCCAUAGUUAAAUGGCCUGUAAUGAUGACUAUCAGGUAUGCUGAAGAUACAUAUGCACUGUUUACAAUAGGAUACAGUGUUUAUAGAACGGGGUUUAAUUAGAUAGCAAGUUCACCUGAGAGCAAUGCCUGAUCUCACUAACCAGAUUUAGAUUUUCUCGGAGAAGACAUCGAUAAGCUGUUAUUUUCUGUUCCUUUUUGUUAUUUUGUUUCUGACUUGGCAGAGCAGUGCUUACUGCACCUGAUUAAACCGUGGGUGUUGUAAUGCAACCUUUCCUGAGGAAUGUACUGAUCUCACACAUCAAGCAGAUGUUCUCAAUCAAUAUUUGUUGAUAUGAAAGCCCAUUAGUGUGUUAAUUACAUUUGCAUAAACAUUUCGCCAUUUCAUAUUUACUAUACGAAAUUGGUUUUCAUACAGAGUUUACAUACAGUGGCCCUCAAGUGCUUACACAUGUUUGGUCCAAAUUCUGUUUGGCCGUAGUAAAAACAUGAACACACGGUGCAUGUACAGUCAAUCACAUACUGCAUUUGUAGCCACACACAGAGACAUAAAUGCAAACAAAAUAUCAGCACCACCCACCCUUAACAGCUUGCAUUCCCCACCAAUGACUUACCCAGAGUAAACAAACAUUUAUCUGCUUGUCUGGCAAACCAACAGUGUGGUGGUGCUGUUUGUUUGGCAGACAUGCUGCAAUAAUGUAAGCAAGCUAUUGAACUGUGUUUAAUGAGAGAUAUGAUUUGGACAUGUUAAAAGAAGUUAUUUUUUUCCUCCUUGUAGGACUGCAUAGAUACAAGUUGGAGCGUCUUAAUUGCUGUGGUGGCCAAUUAGAACCAAGUCAAUAACUGCAGAACCAGGGAGGUGACCCGAGAAGAGAUGUCAUCUACUGGGGAAUGAAGUGUGAGCCAUGAAUGCAGUGAAAAGCUCUGAGGUCCACAACGGUCCAGAAGACAGACGGUGUCCUGGACAGCUGCAGCGGGCCAUGCAGCUUCAUGGAGACAAGGAGAGGACAAACCACGUGUUGAAGAAACACAUACAAUCAAGAGAAAGCAAGAAUGUCCUACAGUUAAGACUUCAGCAGAGGAGGACACGAGAGCAGCUGGCAGACCAAGGCAUCAUGCCUCUAAACCAUGGUAAGCUCCCUAAGCAAGAGGACUCCUAUGCAUUUGAGGAGGACAGCAGCAGUGAGAGUCUGUCUCCAGAGCAGCACCACAGUGAUGAGUCGCAGGGUUCGGCCUGCCCUUCAUCUGAGGCUGUCGGCAGUACGGCCUCCUCCUCGUCCUCACCUGCCCUCACCAGCGAACGACAGGGUGGUGUAAGCAGAGACCCCCCUGAUCAAAGCCAGGAUGAGGGGCUUUCUGGUGCUAACAACAGCCAGACUACUCCCCCAAUACCUGUUCCUGCUAUCGUCAAGUCUAAAUCUUCCGACAAGAACCGUCACAAGAAGCCCAAAGAUGUGAAGCCUAAAGUCAAAAAGCUCAAGUACCACCAGUACAUUCCUCCAGACCAGAAGGCAGAGAAGUCCCCUCCGCCCAUGGAUUCGGCCUACGCCCGACUCCUCCAGCAGCAGCAGCUCUUCCUGCAGCUGCAGAUUCUCAGCCAGCAGAAACACACUCAUGCGCAAUCGCAGACACAGCAGUCGCAACAGCCGCAUACCCACACUCCGCAGGCCCAAGCCCAGGCUCAGGCUCAGGCUCAGCAGAGGCAGCCCACUUUCAGCUAUCAACCCCACACACCAGCUCACACCCAGAAAGGAGUCAGUGAGCAACUAUCGGCUUGUAGUUCCAGUGCCCCGUCGAGCACAGCCAACAGUAACUCAUCCUCUCCAGUCAAGAACACAUUCCCCAACCAAAGCAACAUCUCACAAGUCAAACCUGGGCCCCUGCCAGCUAAUCUGGAUGACCUAAAAGUUUCAGAGCUGAGGCAGCACCUGCGUAUUCGUGGCAUGCCUGUCUCAGGCACCAAGACUGCCCUCAUCGAGCGACUCCGGCCCUUCAAAGACUCCAACACUGGCUCCUCGCCCUCGGGAUCCUCUGAUAUCACCACCAUGACCUUUCCUGUCACACCAACAGGGUCCUUGUCCUCCUACCAGUCCCCAUCCUCCUCCAGCGCUCUGUCCCAGGGAGGCUAUUACCCGUACCCCAGCACCUCCUCCACCCCACCCAUCUCGCCGGCCUCCUCUGAGCUGUCCCUCAGCGGUUCACUCCCCGACAGCUUCAGCGAUGUGCCCAUGUCUUCGCCAACACAGUUUGCCCUUCAUCCAUCUCCUGCCCAGCUCGGCGUGGAGGAUGGCUUUGGGGGAGGAGGAGGUGGCAGCAUGGGUGGGGCAGGUCAGAGGAUGGGGGAGGUUGGUGGUAUGGAUGGUGUAGAAGCCGAAAAAGACAAGAUGCUGGUGGAAAAGCAGAAGGUGAUCGAGGAGCUGACGUGGAAAUUGCACCAGGAGCAGAGACAGGUUGAAGAGCUAAAGAUGCAACUCCACAAGAGAAAACGUUGCUAUGGAGCAACACAGGAUACGGUCCCUCCUGCAUCUCAUCCUCCCAUGCACCACCAGCAGCACCAGACACCAGCCAUGAUGGGGCAGCAUUUUUUUGGGGUGACUAUCAAGCAGGAGCCUUUGUCUUUGUCCUCCAGCUGCCCUCUGUCCUCCCCUAAACAGCCUAAGUGCCCUCCUGGUAGCUGCAGAGAGGAUAUGGGACACUGCAGUUCCUCCAUUACCAACAUGGGGGGGCCCGGGGGACCACAGUGUAUGGAUACAGGCCCUGCCUCUGGCAGCCCCACCGCUAUGUCCACCUUCCUCAGCCCACAGUGCUCACCGCAAGACUCUCCUAUCAGAAAAUCUUCCAGCAGCCCACAGCCUUCAUCUCCUAACAACCCCUACCUGCUGUCUCCUCAACUGGGGAGGGAUGGCUGUAGUCACCCCCACACCCAGGGAAACAACAGAGCAUGCAACAUGCAGAUGCAGCAAAAGAGUGGCGGUCCGCCUAUAAACUGUUCCUAUCCUUCCGACCAAAGAGGUCUUCAGGGAGUCUAUCCCAGCUCAGCUGACUGUGGCCUCAACAACAGCAGCCCUGCUAAGGCUGAGAGCCAGAACAUGCAACCAAAGAUGUCAGUUUUGCCAAAGUGCCAGGUCCCUCCCCCUGCCUUCAGUAGCUCAGAUUCAGAUGCAUCUGACUUAAGACAGCCCCCAUGCUAUGAGGAUGCAGUCAAACAGCAACUGACCCGAAGUCAGCAGAUGGAUGAGCUUUUGGAUGUGCUCAUAGAGAGUGGAGAGAUGCCAGCUAACGCCAGAGAAGAGAGGGAGAGGUCCUCUGUAACCAAAGUUAUGCCUCACAUUACUGUGUCCCCAGGGUGUCCCGGCCUCCUCAUCCCGUGGUUUCACCGACAUUACGAGCACCUCUCCCCCAACCAGCUCCCUUACGACCACGCAGCCAAUCACGUCACCGAGAGCCACCCAGACACUCUGCUUGGCAGUCCCGUCGGCCGCGGAGGGGAGGUACUUCUUCUUAAAAUGGCAGCGGAGGAUGGGGGCCAGGAAGAUGAAGGGAAGCGAGAGGUUGAUCGGUACAGCAGCCCUCAGAAUCAUCAUCACUCUCAUCAUCCACAACAGGACAAACUUCUGAGCAACCGAGAUCUGAUGGACACGUCUCUCUCGGCCAUCGGCAGUAAGGCAUCCGCCAACCCCGAGGUGCAGGGAAUGGUCAGCAUGACCUUUAGUGAGACGGCUUGGGAGACAAUGGAAUGGCUCGACCUGACACCACCCAGUUCUGCCACUGCCUUCAGCAUUGCUCCACCCAGUGCACCAAGCAUUUUUAAUGCCGAGUUCCUGGAUGUAACAGACAUUAAUUUGAACUCUGCCACAGACCUUCACCUGGAGCACUGGUAAAAACAACACUGUCCCUAAAGUGCUGGUUAGCAGCAUACCAGCCAUCGAACUCAAGACACCAGCUUGCAACUAGCUGCACGGACUUCUGAUAUUAGCUAUGACAAUACCAAAGACCUAUUUAAUUCUGUUCUUAACAGCUUUAAAUGUUCACGUGUUGCUCCUCUCUAUGAUCCAGUGGAAUGUAUAACCAUUAGCAAAUAUGCAAAAGCUGAAAUCUAAGCCAGAAAAACUGAACAAUUGUCAUAUCCCAACCUUUCCACUUCACUGAAAUGUGGUUCUUAUGUUGUCGUCAUACUCAAAAACUAAAGACCUGGUGCUUUUUGGCAUGAUCUUGAUGUGCACAACUACCAAGUACUUAUGACAGCGGACAUAGUGUCAGAAGAAGCGUUAAUGUAACUUAAAAACCUGAUUACAGUAUUUUACGCCAACAUUUAAUACAGUAUCAGUGCUAUGACUUGAAGACACAGUUUGACUUUCAUUGUAUACUUUGAGUUAUAUAUUUGUACUGGAAAAAAACCCAGAGAGGACUUAACAGGUGAAUUGGAGAAUUGGAUUGCUUAGUAAUGGCCAUACUGUAAAUAUCAAAACUGACAGAGAUAAGUUGCCGUCUACAUAUUAUGUCAGAGGUGUGGAAGAACAUACAAACAACAAAUCAAAUGCUUUCUGUAAUCACUUCAUUAUUUGAUGUAAAUAUGAUUUUUUUCAAUUCACUGUGCACCUCUAGCUUAAUAAACACUUGUCACAGUUUGCUUGAACUUAGUAUAUGUGUAUAGGUUAGGUCAUUUGAAGAAAUCUUUUUGUACUUAUUUGUUUUCCACUAUUAUCCACAGGAUGACACCUUUAAAAGAAUUAUCUUAUCAGUUUAUAUCAGCAGCCAAAUACUGCCUUAUUUGCAAAAGCUUUUUAUUCCCAAAUUUUAAUAUCAAACGACUGCUCCCCUGGAAGUUGUUGACUGAUGUGAUUUAGAUGGCUCCAACCAUGUAAAGCUCACAUCUAGUUUUCUCUCUCUUUUUUGGUCAUUAAAAUGCCAGCUUUUCUGUUCCCAUUUACAUUUAUUUAUUUUGUGCUUUUGUAUUUAUAGUUGAUCCUGUAUUUAUACAUUCCUUUAAAACAGAUUGGGGCUCUAUAUGAUGUAUGAAAAAAGUACCAUUAUCGAUCACUGACAUUUCUUCAUUAUUAGUUCUCUUAAGAAUGUGAUACAAAGUAAAAGAACCACUUUGAAAAGCCAUGUUUUCCUAACUUACUUUUCUUAAAAAAAAAAAAAAAAAAAUUGUAAUUGACAAUUCUUAGCACUUGUUAAUAGGAUGGUGUAAUAUAAUCAAAUUUUUACUGUGAAUACUGGAUAUUAAUAAAGAAUAGACUUUCACAAAAGCCAGCCUAGAUAAACCUAUUAUGCACAGUAGUUAUAGGUGAGAAUGACAAACUCAAAAACAAAUAAGGUUUUAGCUUUGAUUAGUAAAUGCAUUUUUAUGCACCUAAAAACUUAGAUUAAAAAUUAAGGAAAUAAGUAUAAUUUCUUGCAUACCUCCUUUUUAUCUGUCGCUGACUGUAAAGCUACAGCUAGCAGUUUGUUAGCCUAAAUUGCAUAAAGACUGACAGAUGGGGACAGACCGAAGUGGCUUUGUCUUCAAAUCACAGAAUCAGCCUACCAGCACUUCUGUUUUAUGUUCCUAGUUACAUCUGUUCAUUCAUUCUCAAAAGACCCAGUAAGCUUCAUUCAUUGUUCACAGUACUCACCGUCUUUUCCAAAUUAGCAUUAUCUUAGCUAGCUCAUUGGUCAUUAACUUGAAAACAUGAUAUUAAUUUUACUCCACAUAAACUUGUUCUAUUUAAUGUGAGUAUUAGACAUAAUACAAGUUUUAUUAGCAAAAUGCUAAAAUAAAGUGCUUUUUCGUGCAGUAAGAGUAAUACUAGCAAAACUAGCAGUCUAGAUUUUAAUAUUUGUUUUUUCAGACUCAGAACACCCGAGGAGACAAAAAGAAAACUUUACUAAUAUGUAUUUUCUUUUCAUUCAUGUUCUGUGCUUGAGCAAAUUUUUAAUGGCAGUCAGCUUGCUUUUACACUUGAACCAGAAGUGCUGGUAGGUGUUAGCUACAUAAAGUGUUUCUACCUUAUUCCAGUCUUUAUGCUAACAUCACCACCUAGCUAUUUUACAGACAGAUGUAAGUGGUUUUGAUCUUAGAAAGAUGUGUCAUUUCCAGUAAUAUAAAAUUAUGACUUCAGUUCCUUGGCUAAUAAACCUCGUCCAAUUAUUCGUGUCGUCUGUAACCAUGGUUCUCAUGUCAUGUUGACCAAAUUUUUUUUUUUUGUUUGUUUGUUUUUGUUUUUUUUUUAAAUGAAGUGUUGCACUUGAGUGGCUUCUCUGGUUACAUGUUAGCUAUUACCCAUCUUCAGUAUAUGUCAAAGCUAAUACUUUAUUUCCUGUCUUCUGUUGUCAGAACAACUGUCCUUUUCUUAAUUAUUUUUGACAAAUCUUUAAAUAUUUUCCCUAAUUAAGAGAAAAGUAAUCUGACAGAAGCUUCCAUGUUGCUUGGCCACUGACUUGCCCAAGUCCCUGUAUACUA